UUCCUACGAAACCGGUCCAAAUAGUUCCCUAGCUGUGCUGUGAAGUUCUGGCAACGGUGAUCUUUUGGUGUUGCAAUAAAUUGUUUCCUUGAUUAAAUUGUGUGCAUUUUUCGAAUACCAAGAAAUAGUUGUUUGUUUGAAUUGAACCUGCCAACGUUUACAAUGUAUCUUUUGAACGAAUCAAAUGCGGUUAUUUUUCCGAUGGCUAGGAUUGGUGACAUGCCCAAGUUGCUGGGUUGGAAUCUUCCACCGGAACAGCAGCACCUGGUGCAUGAGCACUGGAAGGAUUUCCCGGCACCGCCAUAUUACAUGCACCUACUGCUGGCAAUGAUCUAUUUCGUACUGAUGAAUGUGUCUCUCAUUGGAAAUGGAAUUGUUGUGUGGAUAUUCACUACCUCUAAAUCACUACGCAGCGGAUCAAAUAUGUUUGUAGUGAAUCUUGCCAUUUUUGAUUUGUUAAUGAUGUGUGAAAUGCCAUUGUUUCUGGUUAAUUCCUUUUCUGGGCGGUUGGUUGGAUAUGAAACGGGAUGCAUAAUUUACGCUUCUCUUGGAAGUCUGUCGGGCAUAGGUGGAGCUAUCACUAAUGCAGUCAUAGCAUAUGACCGUUAUCGCACCAUUUCAAAUCCACUAGAUGGACGAUUGAACAGAGUGCAAGCAGCGAUUCUUAUCUUCAUAACCUGGUUGUGGGCAAUGCCAUUUACGUUGCUGCCAGCGUUCAAUAUUUGGGGUCGAUAUGUUCCAGAAGGUUUUCUAACGACCUGCUCGUUUGACUACCUUACCGACGAUUCCGAUACACGGGUUUUCACAGGUUGUAUCUUCGCUUGGGCCUACGCAAUCCCGAUGAUUUUGAUAUGCUACUUCUACGGACGUCUGUUUGGUCACGUGAGUAAACACGAGAUCAUGCUCAAAAAACAAGCUCGUAAGAUGAACGUAGAAUCUUUGGCAGCGAACCGAAACGAUAAAGCUCAGUCUGUAGAGAUUCGAAUCGCAAAGGCUGCCUUUACUAUUUUCUUCCUGUUUGUUUGUGCUUGGACACCGUAUGCAAUCGUCACGAUGAUCGGUGCCUUUGGGGAUCGAACUUUGCUGACACCAUUCUUCACCAUGAUUCCAGCAGUAUGUGCUAAAAUCGUAUCCUGUCUAGACCCAUGGGUUUAUGCCAUCAGUCAUCCGAAAUACCGCCAGGAAUUGGAGCGACGGCUGCCAUGGAUUGGAAUCAAGGAAGCUGGGGACAAUGUCAGUACGACGGAUAGCAAACAAACGGUCAUUUCGGAACAUGGCCCUGUGAUCAACGAAAACGAAUGAAGUGGACAAUUGGUUGAUAAACGCCAAAUGCCACUGUUGCAUGAAUUCACUUUGAAAAUCGGUUUGGACCAAAGGCAAUGUUGUAAGGUAUAAUGAUUAAUGGUAUAAUUAGCUCGUAAGUUAUAAAUGUUACUCAAAGAAAUUCAUAGCAUUCCAGAAAAUCAAUAAAAAAAAAUGAGAGAGCUGCAUGUCAAAAAAGCUUUUUAUGCUACAUUUAGUGAAUUCCAAUACACAUAACCCACAAUGGACAUAAACGAAAUUGGUCCUAUUUUUAAGAGCUAGUGACUACUUGAAUUGAAUAAAAAUAAAAUGGAUGGAAUAGACUAGGAAGUUUAAAAGUCAUAAGUAU